CGAGCACGAGACGAUGCGGCUCGCUGCGGCGGCGGCGGCCCUCCGCUCCACGGCCGCCCUCCUCAUCCGCUCCCGCCCACACCCCCUCCCCUCCUCUCUGCGCCGGUCCUCCCUCCCCUUAGCCCGCCGCCGCCGCCACUCUUACUCUUCCACCUCCACCGCACUCGACGACCCUCCGGCGACGACUGCGCCUCCCAAUGUUCCACCCUCCCCCGCUCCACCACCGCCUGCAGAACAGGGUGGCGGAAGCAAGGCCGCCCGCCGGCGCGCGCGCGAUUCCCCCGAGGGCCUCCUCAUGCACAAGCUCGACGUGUGCUCCCGCGACGCCGACCUCCCCACCGCGCUCGCCCUCUACGACGCGGCGCUCCACCCGGCCACCGCCAUCCCGCUCUCCCUCCACCACUACAACCGCCUCCUCUACCUCUGCUCCACCGCCGCAGCCGCCGACGCCGACGCCGCCCGGCGCGGCUUCGAGAUCUUCGCCAGGAUGGAGGCCCAGGGCGUGGAGCCGAACGAGGCCACCCUCACCAGCGUCGCCCGCCUCGCCGCCGCGCGCCGGGACCCCGCCGCGGCGUUCUCCCUCGUCCGCCGCAUGGCCGCCGCCGGCACCCCGCCGCGCCUCCGCACCUACGGCCCCGCCCUCUUCGGCUACUGCGACGCGGGGGACGCCGACGGGGCCGGCCAGGUCGAGGCCCACAUGGACGCCGCGGGGGUAGUGCCCGAGGAGACCGAGCUUGCCGCGCUGCUCCGCGUCAAUGCCGACAAGGGGAGGGCCGGCGAGGUGUACAGGGUGCUGCACAGGACGCGCUCACUCGUCAGGCAGGUGUGCGAGACGACCGCCCAGGUUGUCGAGGCAUGGUUCCGGUCGGAGGCUGCUGCGGCGGCGGGAGUGGAGAAGUGGGACACCGGAAAGGUCAGGGAAGGGGUGGUGAAGGGCGGCGGCGGCUGGCAUGGCCAGGGCUGGCUUGGUAAGGGACAAUGGGACGUCGGGCGGAGCGAGAUGGACAAGAAUGGUAAAUGCCAGCGCUGCGGGGAGAAGCUUGUGUGCAUAGACAUCGAUCCUUCUGAGACUGAGACCUUCGCCAAGUUGCUCACCAAACUCGCAUGCAAGCGGGAGGUCAGGGAGAAUUUCCCACGGUUUCAG